GCGCCAUUGUGUACUGCGAGACGCUUGAAAUAGAUGCUCAGAAAUAGUUUGGGAGCGCAGUUGGUAAUUUGGAAGAUGCCAUUGGCGUCCCGGCGCGGACGCCAUGUCAAAGGAGUCUUGAUACGCCGACGUCGGAAGGAGAUCAGUGACUUGAGGGAUUCGCCGGUUCGAGAAACGCGAUUAAGGCCAAGUGAUUGCUGCUCUUUCAAUUUUGAUUCUCUCCUUUCGGCGCCGCGACGUCGUUAUGUAACGGGACGUUGCUACUAGUGCUCGAAGCUCGUGACCGGUUCUCCAGUUUUUUUCCCUCAAAGCGAAGCCAGGCGAAAAAAGGAAGGAAGCAACGAACAAUAAGAUAUCGACGAUCUUUCCGAGUCUACGCUCACUAACGAUGCUCGAUAACGACGUCGACGUCGAGGACGGCGAGUUCUUUCGCGCUAACUUACUCGAGGUACGUCGUGCCGUUGGUCUUCAAGACUUUAAGAAAUUUUCUGCUCUGACUAACAAUGGCGAACGAGUUGCUUUUCUUCUUGGAUACCCAGAAGCGCGCGCUCUGCCUAUUGAGGUGGAGAAGGUCGGCAGUAAAGAUGCUGAAAAGACACUGAAGCUCAAAGAUGUUGGAAACAAGCUCUUUGGACGUGGCGAAUUUACGAAGGCACUGGAGAUUUAUUCCAAUGCGGUUUUACUGGCUACUCGAAAUGAACUUGGUGUUAUCCUGGCUAAUCGAUCGGCAGCUCUUUAUCAUCUGCAACGUUACGAACUGGCCUUGUCCGACGUUGACGAAGCUGUCAAGAUAGGCUACCCAGUUGAGUUGGUCUACAAAUUGGAAGAACGUAGAGCCAGAUGUCUUCUGGCAUUGAAGAGACAUUCCAACGCUGUUAAGGCCUUUAGAAGUGCUUUGAAGUCUCUGGACAAUGCCAAGAUCCCAUUGCAGAAGAAGCAGAAGGUCGAGUCUGAUAUAAGGAUGAUGCUUGCUGUUAUGGAUAAGGGUAGACAAUUAAAUGCAGGUCUAGAGAACCUGUCGAUCAACGAGACGAAUGAGGAUAAAAAGCUGCCAAAAAUUCCUGAUCGGAAUCCUGUGUAUCCAGCGUGCAGCAAUUCCGUAGAGAUAAGGGAUGCCGGGGGUGCCGUUGGUCGGCACGCUGUAGCCUCUAAGGAUAUCUUACCUGGUGACAUUCUCGUGGUAGAAAAACCUCACAGUGCGGUACUAUUAUCUGAAUAUAGGCUCAGUCAUUGUCAGCUAUGCUUCUCAAGGAUCGUGGCUCCUAUUCCAGCUGCAUGUUACGCCUGCAGCUGCAUCGCUUAUUGCAGUCCACGUUGUCGCGAUGCAGACGCGGAGGCGCAUCUAAUUGAAUGUAACAUUCUGACCACCCUGUGGCAAUCGAAUGCUUCGGUCACUUGUCUAUUGGCCCUGAAAGCAGUGACUCAGAGGCCUUUCGCUGAUCUUCUUAAGCUCCAGGAACAUCUCAAAGUUAAUGCGGGAAAGAGUAACGAGAUCACCAAGAGUCAUCCUUAUAGGGGAGAUCAUUACGAAGCCUUUCACGGUUUAGUGACGCAUGAGGAUGAGAGGACGGCCGACGACCUCUUCCACAGGGCACACAUGGCUGCUUGGUUACUCAGGGUUCUCAAGCGCACUUCCUACUUGCCGAAAGACGUUAUCACCCCUGACGAUGCUCAGCAUAAAUUAUCUGAAAUUGAAAUUUUCAUUGGAGGUCUUCUACUGCAUAAUAUUCAACUUCUACAAUUUAACGCGCACGAGAUUUCAGAAUUACAGAGGCCAAAGUUCGAGAGGACUUUAGCCAAUGCUAAAAGUAUCUUUAUAGGCGGAGGUGUCUAUCCCACUGUAGCACUUUUCAAUCACUCCUGCAAUCCCGGUGUCAUUCGGUAUUUCGUGGGUACAACAAUGAUCAUCCGUGCUGUGAGGACGAUAAUGUCGGGUGAGGAAAUAUGCGAGAAUUACGGCCCGAUUUUUACGACCACUCCGGAAAAGGAAAGAAAGAGAAAACUGCGAUUGCAAUACUGGUUCGAUUGCGCCUGUGAAGCAUGUACCGAACAAUGGCCUCUUCUUAACGAAAUAGAUCCAAGAAUUCUCAGGUUUAAGUGUGAUACCGGUCGAGUUUGUGGUAACAUCCUACCAGUAAGGACCGAUUCAAAUGAGUUCAUGAUCAACUGCUCUAAAUGUACAAAAAGUACUAAUAUAUUGAAGGGUCUAAAGGCCUUGCAAGAUACUGACGCCCUCUUUAAAAUAGCUUCAAGAAAUCUCGAAGAGGGUAAACACGAUCAAGCUCUUAAAGCGUAUCUUGAAAUUUUGAAACUUCUCGAUGAAAAUCUGGCACUUCCUAUUCGUGACUAUCAUCUGUGUCAACAAGGCGUCAGACUGUGCUUGCUAACUAUGGGUAACACUGCUACGGUUUAAGACAUUAGGAUAAUGACGAAUAAAUAAAAGUAGAUGUGAGAUA